GGAUUCUAGAACCUACCCACAACUCAGUCACAUAAACACAUUCGCCUACGGAACAGUGAUACUACUGCGACUUGAAAAAUAAAUUGGAAAUCUAAAGGGAGCGGAAAGUUUUGUUUUUGGAUUCGGUUUUUUGGUACGUUACUACGUUUGCAGAUACUUUCUUUACUCCGCCAUUGUUACACUCAAUGCAAGUCCGGAUCUAUUGACCGAAGAUGUUUGACACCGCAUUGGGCACUAUUUUGGGACUGGUGGUGCAGCUGAUUUGCAUGGUAAUUGGCCAGGUCCUGGUACAGAUGGUCCAGCAUCCACUGAUCACGACGGGACUUUGCCUGCUGGCGGGAUUAGCCUACCAGGCGGACCAGGAGUCACUCAAGGAAGCCUACCAGCGGGUGCUGCUAUGGGUGAGAUUGCACCUACGAUUUGGGCGGUUGAACAGCUUCUACUGGAAGCAUCCUGGUGCGGGAUAUGCUUACGACAUGGAUCACGGUCCGCACACCUGGUUGGCAAAAUCCGGGGCAAGUAGCGAGUUUCUGGAGGCAGAAAACCACUUUCAGAGCCCCGUCAACAUCGAUGAGAGCCAAGUCCAACGCUUGGCCAUUAGGGAGUUGCUGAACUGGAACCACUACGACGAUCUUCCAGCCAGCAUCCAGCUGGAGAAUACGGGCCAAACGCUGGUGCUGCGGGCCCAGUUCCAUGGCAACGCACCCACGAUCAGUGGGGCCGAUCUGCUGGCCAGCUACACGUUUCUGGAGGUGCGGUUCCACUGGGGCUGGUGCAACAGCGAGGGCUCGGAGCACACAAUCAACCACCGCAAGUUCCCGCUGGAGAUGCAGGUGAUGCACCGGGCGGGAUCAGGGGUGCCCAGGCCCUGCACCAGUAGCUAUGACCUCCUGAUGAUCGGGUACGUCUUCGAGCUGUCCGCCCACAAUCCGUUCCUGGAUCCGCUGGUGCAGAACUUGCGGCUGGUCCAGAAGCCGGGCAGGCGGGUCCAGAUCCCGCCCUUUCCCCUUUCCUAUCUGAUGUACGUCUUCCGCACCGGGUUCUACUCGUACGGCGGGUCGCUGACCCACCCGCCCUGCUACCAGGGCACCGAGUGGUUCAUCUUUCCCGAGUCGCUGGCCAUCAGCGACUUCCAGCUGCGCCACUUCCGCCUGCUGCUCGGUCCGGACGGGAUCUCGCCCAUCACCCGCAACUGCCGGCCCGUGCAGCACAUGGGCAACCGGGUGGUCAACCUCAACUGCUUCUGUCCCUACAAUGCCGCCCAGCUGGCCCACCUCCACGUGGAGCUCUGCCAGCAGCAGCGGGCUCAGGAGGAGCAGGAGCAGCAGCUGGAACUGCAGCGGGAAUUGGAGCGGCAGCGGGAACUCGAAAGACGAAAGGAGCGGGAUCGGAAACUGGAACAUGAGACGGCGGCCAUCGUUGCCUCCGACGACGACGAGGGCCAGUUGGUGGAGACCAUCGAUACCACGACCAUAAUUACAAGUAGCAGCAACACUAGCAUCUGCAUGACCACCUUGAUGCCCAGGAUUCAGCCGGAGCAGAAGCCCCAGAUGCCUUCGUCCUCCCCAAAUGCCAGCCAGAGUUCGCUGCGCAAUCCUGGCGUUGUGAUUUUCAACAGUGUCAAUGAGACCAAGUGUGCAGCUCCGGAGGAGCUUCCCAUCCGUGAUAACAGGGGACUGGGAUUGGGCGGCCAGAAUGGCUGCAAGGCCGAUGCCAUUUGCGGCAUGGGCGAUGGCGUCAACAUUGGGACACUCCACUUCUUGACCAAGCUGCACGACGAACUGGAGGGCCAACAUGGAACACCGGUCAGGGCCAACUGGGGGCCAGCUGCUGCUCUGUGCGAUGGGAACCAAUUGAAUCGCGUGCGCGUGGAUUAAACAAGUUUGCGUUUAUAUUUUCUGAAGCAUA